AUGAUUAUCUCUUUGGCGAUACUUGUACUCCUUGGCAUUUUAUUAAAUUUAGUUUCUGCAAAUGCUCCUCCAUGCUUUGACGGCUGGAAACCAAAUGGACGUACAACGUUUGGUGGAUGUAUACAGAAGAGUCAACUUGCUGUCUCAGGCAUUUGUUGCCAAAUGUCAGCAGAACAAGCGAAAUUGAAAUUUGUGCAGAAUCCUAUCAAUGGCAAAUGUGAACAGACUUAUUGUCCACUCGGGAGCAUUAAAGAUAACCAUGGUUAAAACAAAAUUCUAUAGCUAAAAUCAAACUUUAAGGUUGUUCUGUCAAGGGAUUUUGUAUAACAUACGACCAAACUUGUAUCAAAGGAGAAUGUUGCGGCAAAUACAGCAUGCCAACAAUAGCGACAGCAUCAAUGUAUACAUGCAAUCCGAACAAUCCAAAUAACCCAAUUAAUCCAAACAAUCCAAAUAACCCAAUUAAUCCAAACGUGCCUUUUAAUCCAAAUGUUCCUCCUAAUAAUCAAUAUUCGAAUCCAAAUUUGUAUAUGCCUAAUCCUAUUCCUAAUAACCCAACUAAUCCGCAAAUGCCUGGUGCUCAACCUCCUGGCAUGCAACCUGUUUUCACCUCUAAUAGACAGCCUGCAUAUACAACUGCAGGACUUCCUAUUUUUACGAUGAAUGGACAGCUGAUUACUGCAGAUGGCCAAACUGUAUAUUCAAACGGACAGCCACUUUACACUGCAAAUGGACAGAUGAUUGUUAGCAAUGGAGCUGGCAUGGGAAAUCAAGCACCAUACGGAAUGGGAUCACAAUAUGGAAUGGGAAAUCAACCAUACGGAAUGG